AGCAGGGACUAGCCGAAGCGCUGAGUGAGGAGCCGGAGGUGGCAGGACACAGCGCUCUGCUCUCCGCUAUAUGGGAGGCGGGCUGUGCCGGCAGCGCAGCGCCCACACUCCGGAGAGCCGGGGGAAGAAGAAGCAGCGGCCGGCCAGGGAUUGCUUCCUCCGCGGGCCGUGCCUGCUCUGCUUCAUCGUACAGCACAGCCAGCGGGACCGGGACCCCCCUCACAGCCAGCGGGACCCCUGGGAGGAGCGGGGCCCCAAACUGCUGUGCCCAGGACUGCUCAGGGGCCCCGGCCUGCUGUGCCAAGUGUCCCCCCCACAGGCAGACAUGGUGUGCAAGAGGAAGAACAGCGGCGAUGGGCCGCAGCGACCCUGCAAGCUCCCCCGCAGCGCCAUGUCCGAGGAGCCCAGCGGCCCUGGCGUCCUGAGAGCGGAGCGCCAAGAUGGAGGCUCCCCGGCUGCGCGGUCACAGGACGGAGACUGCCCAGCCGUACAGCCUCAAAACGCAGGCAGCUCCGCAGAUGUUCUGCUUCGAGAGCACGGCGCUACAGCUGUACGUUCACAAGACGAGAGCGACCUAGCUGUACGGUCGCAAGAGGAGAGCGCCCUGACUGUACGGUCGCAAGAGGAGAGCGCCCUGACUGUACGGUCGCAAGAGGAGAGCGCCCUGACUGUACGGUCGCAAGAGGAGAGCGCCCUGGCUGUACGGUCGCAAGAGGAGAGCGCCCUGGCUGUACGGUCGCAAGAGGAGAGCGCCCUGGCUGUACGGUCGCAAGAGGAGAGCGCCCUGGCUGUACGGUCGCAAGAGGAGAGCGCCCUGGCUGUACGGUCGCAAGAGGAGAGCGCCCUGGCUGUACGGUCGCAAGAGGAGAGCGCCCUGGCUGUACGGUCGCAAGAGGAGAGCGCCCUGGCUGUACGGUCGCAAGAGGAGAGCGCCCUGGCUGUACGGUCGCAAGAGGAGAGCGCCCUGGCUGUACGGUCGCAAGAGGAGAGCGCCCUGGCUGUACGGUCGCAAGAGGAGAGCGCCCUGGCUGUACGGUCGCAAGAGGAGAGCGCCCUGGCUGUACGGUCGCAAGAGGAGAGCACUACAGCUGUACGGUCGCAAGAGGAGGGCGCCCUGGCUGUACGGUCACAAGACGAAGAUUCUUCGGCUGUGCCGUCCCAAACCUGUGACCCCUCAUCUGUACGCUUGACUUUACAGUCACAAGACCUAAGCCCAUACACUGUUGAGCCCCAGUGCCGUAGGGUCCUGACCACACCGUCUCAGGAGAACUGCAUCUCAGGGCCAGAGCUCAAGCCCCAGGACAGCUGCAUCCCAGAGCCUAAGCCCAAGACCCAGGAGGAGGAUACUGAGCAGUUUCAUAUUCAUCAGUUGCCCUCAUCCAUUCUGCUUAAGAUAUUUUCUAACUUAUCCCUGAUCGAGCGCUGUUUGUCCGCAUCGCUUGUCUGCAAAUAUUGGCGUGACCUGUGCUUAGACUUUCAGUUCUGGAGGCAGCUGGAUCUCAGUGGUCGGCAGCAGGUUAAAGAUGGCGUACUAGAAAGAAUUACAUCAAGAUAUCAGAACUUACCAGAGAUCAAUAUUUCUGACUGUCUGAAUAUAUCUGAUAUGGGAAUCUGCAAACUCGCGCAGAACUGUCCUGGACUGUUAAGAUAUACGGCUUACAGGUGUAAGCAGCUCUCGGAUACAUCGCUCAUUGCACUUGCCACUCAUUGUCCAUCCCUGCAAAAAGUUCAUGUUGGCAAUCAGGACAGGCUCACAGAUGAAGUGCUCAAACAGCUGGGCACUAAGUGCAGAGAAUUGAAAGAUGUUCAUUUUGGCCAGUGCUACGAGAUCUCUGACGAAGGACUGAUAACCAUUGCCAAAGGAAGUCCAAAACUGCAGAGAAUUUAUAUGCAAGAAAACAAAUUAGUGUCAGAUGAGUCAGUGAAGGCAUUUGCAGAGCACUGUCCUAGUCUCCAGUAUGUUGGAUUUAUGGGCUGUUCUGUUACAUCUGAAGGUGUCAUACACCUUACUAAGCUCAAACACCUGUCCAGCCUGGACCUUCGUCACAUCACAAAGCUAGACAAUGAAACUGUGAUGGAAGUUGUGAGAAGAUGUCACAGUCUUACGUCUCUUAAUCUCUGCCUGAACAGGAGCAUUAAUGACAGAUGUGUAGAGGUUAUCGCCAAGGAAGGCCAGAAACUUAAAGAGCUGUACUUGGUAACUUGCAAGAUCACAGAUGACGCUUUGAUAGCCAUUGGUCGGUACAGCAUGACCAUAGAGACGGUGGAUGUUGGAUGGUGUAAGGACAUCACAGAUAAAGGAGCCACACUAAUUGCUCAGACCAGCAAAUCUAUCCGGUAUCUGGGUUUGAUGAGAUGCGAUAAGGUCAAUGAAGCCACCGUGGAGCAGCUGGUUCAGCAAUAUCCCCAUAUUACUUUUAGCACCGUCCUCCAAGAUUGUAAGAGAACAUUGGAACGAGCAUAUCAGAUGGGUUGGACACCAAACGCAUCUUCUGCGACAUAACUCACGACGGAAAUAUUCCGUAUUAGGCAGUUUUAAGUGUUGUUUUAGGACACUCAGUUUUAUGUUCUGUCGGAGAAGAUUUGGCUACAGUUCUAAUUAUUGUUAUUUUUAUUAUUAUUUUAAACAUAUCUAAUUUCUUCAUCAAAGUCUCAAGUACUUGAUCCAUACUGGAAUGGCCUUUAAGGAAUGUGACGUGGAGUGCCCUGCCGUUUAAUUGGUACACUUUUAAAGGUUGUUGGACUGAGAUAACAUUAGUUUUGUUUAUUGUUAAAAUAAUUUAACAUGAUUGUGAUAAAAGUAAUUGUAAAACAAGUCCUGGUGUUUGUAUUGAAAGAAAAUUCUAAUAGUGUUAAAAUGACUUCCGAAGCAUCAGAGCCCUAAAGCUAUUUGUGGUAGUUAUGGUGCAAUUGAGUUGUCCCUAGCACCUAAACCCCAACCCAAACGCUCUUAUUUAACCUUAUUUAACCUUGUCCGGUUGAUUAUCAAAAUACUUGUAUUGAGGUAAUAAAGGCUAUUUACUCACACUGUGGAUUCCUAAACUUUCAGGAACUUUGUUGUGAGCUAUGCUUUUUUCAGAAUCAUGGAAGAGGCCAGGGAGGGGGGAGUUUUUACAGAAAAAUAAAGAAAACUGCAGAAAAUGAAGUGAUGAGACGUCACUGUCAGUUUCUAGGCACCAUAACUUGUACAAUUAGCUGUAGUAGUUAUGGUGCUUUGAGUAUCACUUUAAGCUGGACUCCUUUAUUUGUUAGAUGUGUAUUGCUGAAUUUCAGAACAUUUUGGAUAGAGUUUGACUAGCCUGACCCGUGUGUUGUUCAUAUUUAUCUCAUAGCUAGAAUCUAUAUCAAGUGACCCGUUAACCCUUUUAGUGCAACCAGAGAAGAGAUGCGUGGUCUCAACGAUGGACUGAAAUACCUUCCGCCUAUUUUUGUAAAUGGUUGUUAAAUUCUCCGUUACAAUUUGCAAGAUGCGAUAAAGGUCAUAUUUUGUCUAUUAGAGGCUCUUCAAACAAUUAUUUUUUUUCGGAACUUAAAGAAAUUAAAAUGUUUAGUUUUAGUUUUAUGCUGGUUAUUCCGCUAACUUGCUGAUCACUGCAUGCCAGCCCCCAGCUUGCUGAUCACUGCAUGCCAGCCCCCAGCUUGCUGAUCACUGCAUGCCAGCCCCCAGCUUGCUGAUCACUGCAUGACACCCAUCAUGUUUGGUGAUGGCUCCCAGCUUGCUGAUCACUGCAUGCCAGCCCCCAGCUUGCUGAUCACUGCAUGACACCCCUCAUGUUUAGCGACAGCCCCCACCUUGCUGGUCACUGCAUGACAUCCAUCAUGUUUAGUGACGGCUCCCAGCUUGCUGAUUACUGCAUUACACCCAUCAUGUUUAGUGAUGGCUCCCAGCUUGCUGAUCACUGCAUGACAGCCCCCACCUUGCUGGUCACUGGAUGACAGCCCCCACCUUGCUGGUCACUGGAUGACACCCAUCAUGUUUAGUGACGGCUCCCACCUUGCUGGUCACUGCAUGACAGCCAUCAUGUUUAGUGACAGCCCCCAGCUUGCUGGUCACUGCAUUACACCUAUCAUGUUUAGUGAUGGCUCCCAGCUUGCUGGUCACUGCAUGACACCCAUCAUGUUUAGCGACAGCCACCAGCUUCAGAUGGCGAGAAGAGCUGGAUGGUGUCAGUCAGAAAGCUGAUGUAAGGUUUUGGUCAGAGAGCUGGAGACAAUAUAACUGCAAAUGUUCUAACACUACCCCCAGCUAAUCAAAAUCCAGCAGUCAGUUUCCUUUACUAGUCUCCACUGAGAUGGGAAUUGGGUCACCUAAAAUGGCAAAUUAUUUCUUCUGACGAUCAAUGUAUUAUGUGAUCAGCAUUGCAGUGUUUCUUGGUUACAUGGACAGAGAGAGGGUACCAUUAGCCCAGUGAGCAACAAAAUGACCUCUUAUUUGAUCGUUUAGAUCAUCUACAGUGUGUGGUAAUCGUUUUGCAACUACCUCUCAAAGGGAUAGUGCCACCUGCUUACUAAAUCAGUAGAUACAGAAUGUCAGCAACCUGUCCACUGACCUCUCCUGUCACUAUCCUACCCCGGGGUUAAUGUUUAAUUGUAUAACGCCAAAUGGUGCCACUUUUAAAGUAUAUUUCACACUCUGUAGUUUGUAUUUACCUAUAGGUGCCCAGAUAUUAAAAUAGAUAUAUUUACAGUUUCCUUUUACUAUAUUUGUGGUUUUUAAGUAAAUGGGCUUCAUGGUACUGUUUUUGUUUGUUUUUUUUAAGCAUUAGAAACAUUCGAUUUGAUUAUUUUAUUACACGGGCUAGAUUAAGGUCAGUAUGUAAAGCUGAAGUUAAUUUACUCUGGGGGGGGGAAAAAUGAUUUCUUUAGGUAAAUGAUAUGCUGUUUAUAAGAAUAUAAUUUAAAGAUAACCAAAGUGAAAUUAUAAAACUUUUCCUGGCCACCGAACUUUAAGGACAAUAAAGCAGUUGUUUUUAUUUUUUUUGUUUGUUUUUUUGUACCUGUCCUGCUGAACUUUGAGAAUGUCUAUGCUCGAAAGUAAUUAUAUAAUUAUAAUCCGUUUGUAUUUUACAGGCCUCUCUUAUUUUCCAGACAGGAUCUCCAGAUUAGCACAAUUCUAGAGAGUUAGACUUAUAUUGCCAAAGGACUGGCUGUCAUAUAUUGUUUCUGUUAAACUCUUUAUUGCAGUGCCGUUGUAAUGUAAUAAAGGGCUCAUUUUCCAUAAAGACUCUGUCUCCCUUCAGACAUACUUAGCACUCCAAGUGUUCCUGUUUGAUAGCGGAACACAUACUGAUGUUCAUUGAACCAAUGUAGGGAUCCUUAGUACGUUCUCUUUUCACGUAAACUAUACAAUCUAAAUUGGAUUUUUUAACUUUUUUUUAACUCAAAAAACUUUAGAAUGUUAAGCUUCGUUUUAUUUAAUUAUGUACUACAAAUUAGGAUAUUAUUGCUUACAGGUAUUUAAUUAUAGGCAAAACCAAAUUGGUCAAGUGCUUCUGGAUUUUAAUAGAAAACCGCAAGCCUUUGAAACAAGCAGUCCCUCUUCCAAAGAGACACCAACAGGACCAAUCACAAAGGAAGGGUUUUGCACUGACUGGACAGCGUGAAGAUGUAAGCAAGCAUCUUUGCUUGGAAUCAGAUCAACAUCAAAAAAACAAAAGUAAACAUACAGACCAUAGUGUAAGAUUGCAAAUACAAAAAUUAGAUAUAAAUGGAAUAAUUGUGCACACUUAACAGAGCAAUGCCGCGCUCUAUGUUAUUGGUUUAGGCAAACAAUCCUUGCCGGAGGAUGUGUGGAUGUAUACAGAGUCUUGAAUUGGCUCUUUCCAAUAAACAGAGAUGAGUACAUCAUGGUGCAGUAUAUCUAUAUAACCGGGAACUCAGUCAUGUAUGUUCACUCUUGGUAGAGUUAUCCCCAAAUAAAUUCUUGCUAUGAAGCUUGCAAUUUUUGGGGGGACCUUUCCUCUGGGGUUCCACUUUUCUGCAGCAUGGCUGGCAUCGUCUGAUAACAUUGAGCGAAACUAAUCCAACUAUUUAGGGACAAUACUCCAUGUAGGAUUAGAGGGGAAAACAU